UGGAGCAGGAGACGCGAACUUGGAGUUGAACUGAUGUCAGACAGAGAGAGAAGCAGGAGCUACAUGAGCCUUUCUUUGACAACCUGUUCAGUGAGACGAGCGCAUAUAAGCCGUGCGUGUUUUGGCCACAGUGUCCGUCACAUCGUUCUCAGUUUGUGCACAUAUUUCUACUGGCAAACAGUAGGAUACUUUGAGACGCGAGAGGAGGAGCGGUGUAGUGUAUGGAGAGCGGGGACUUAUUUUGACACCUUAUACAGUUUCACAUGUUUGAAGAUUCAAACAACCUACGUGGAACUGAGAACCGUGUAAAGCAAUAAGAGGCGUAACAGAAAAGGCACAGAUUCAACGCCGAUGGUUGAGAAGCGGAGUGAUUUUGGACUGCAUGUGCUUAUGAGGACUGCUUUGUGCCCUGAAGAAUCCCCAACAAAUGUUCCAAUGCGUUAAAAGUUACCCGGUGGAUUUUGAUCACAGUUCUACUUUCUUUUGAGAACGGGUCAAUUCGAUAUUUGAACGAAGAAGGCUACGAAACUGGAAUACCUAAGUGGGUAUACUUAAAUUUACAACGCAUUUAUGGUGAGACAUUUUUAAGCGGUUUUAUAACGGAAUUAGGCUAUCUAUCGACUCUGAGCCGUGCAAGGGUUCGAAAAAUCUGGGUAUAGGAGUAGUUUUAAGAAGCUCUGCUACACUUGGAGUAAGGUUAUGAGGGAUCGGAGCUGAAGAUGGAGCUUUUCUGGAUUUUGGUAUUUUCUAUCAUCUACUCGUAUGCGCGAGGGCAAGGAGUGUACGCCCCUGCCAAUGCCAAGAUCGUGCAUGAGGGCCAGGCGUGUGUGGUGAAGGACGACAACAUCAGUGAGAGGAUCUACACCAUCAGAGAGGGAGACCACCUGGUGCUCAAAUGUCUGGUCAAAGGACACCCACGACCACAGGUGCGUUGGACAAAGACAGCAGGCAGCGCCUCUGACAAGUUCCAGGAGACGUCCAUCUACAACGAGACGCUGCGCAUCGAGGGCAUCCAGCGGGUGCAGGGCGGCCGCUACUACUGCAAGGCCGACAACGGGGUGGGGGUGGCUGCCAUCAAGUCCAUCCGGGUAGACGUGCAGUCCUCCCCUGUCAGCGCCGCCAUCGCCCAGUUUACUCACCCUGCAAUUACCACCCUCCAGGGGCCGUCCGCCGGGAGACUAACACAAUGA